AUGAAAGGGCAGAGUAGAGAAUUUCUUGAGUCCGGUUCCUCAUCGGUGGUCUCAAACGCGGUUCAGCAGCGCCUCCAAUUCAUUCUGCAGAGCCGUCCCGAGUGGUGGGUAUAUGCCAUCUUCUGGCAAGCCACGAAAGACAGUGAUUCGCGUCUCAAAUUAGAAUAUGGCGACGGCUACUUUCGGGGCAAAGAGGAGAAGGAAGAGGAACAAACGAGGAACGUGAACGACAUCGAAUGGUUCUACAGAAUGUCGCAAACUCGGUCGUAUGUUGCCGGGGACGGUGUGGUUGGGUGUGCCUACAGCUCAGGGGUAGAUGUUUGGUUGAGCGGAGUGAACGAGUUUGAACUGAAUGACUGUGACGACAGAGUAAGGGAAGCUCGUAGUCACGGGAUCCACACAUUGGUCUGCGUCUAUGUGCCAGGUGGCAUCCUUGAGCUGGGUUCGUGUCACGUCUUCACUCUCGGAUACGGCCUUCUGGAAAUGGCGAAAUCAGUGUUUGAGGAAAGUCAGAAUCAGAAUCCACUUAACAACCCCAUGGGCAUGAAUGAUGCAACUGCUGCUAAGGUUGAUGGAUCGUCCACAGACUCUUCUGAUGCGGAUGCGGAUGCUACUUUCCCGAUGACGAGAAGGGGAGGAGGGAGGGCACGUGAGGCGCUGCCUAUGAAUCACGUGGAAGCUGAGAGGCAACGGCGAGAGAAGCUGAACCAGCGAUUCUACACUCUUCGCUCAGCGGUCCCCAACGUGUCCAAGAUGGACAAAGCCUCUGCUUUUGGACGCUGUUGA